CUGCGCCACCAGGGAAGCCCCAGAAGGGAGUCAGAACACUGAGUAACCCAGGCGGCCGGCAAAGGGCCUGAGAAGGGAUGGGCUCGGGAGCGGUCCAUUCCGAGUUGCCACCACGAGGGGGCGCAGCCAGCUCGAUGGAAGAGAAGCAGCGCGUCUGCCCUGAGCUUCCAGAUCAGGGCAUCAGGCCGGAGUCUGCAAUCCCGAGAGCCUCAUGCAAAGCCGAGAUGGGCUGGUGUCCUCUCCCCGACGGAACCCUGCUCUCCAAAGUUUCCUCUGCACGAGGGGGUUCCCAACACCCGCCUCCCUUUCUUUCCAGUCUUGGUUCCCGUUGAUUGACGUACAGCGUCCAGGUCAGUCCCCGGGGCCACUCCCUGGCUGGGGCCCCCCUCCCGGGAGCUGCCCUGCCCCAAGGCUGGCCCACCUUUUCAGGGAUGUCAUUGGGAUCAUUGGCCUUUGGAGGACCCAGGGCUGCCAUCUGCCCCUGGGCAGCAUAUGGAACACAGGAAAGGCUGGGCAGCACGGACCUUGUGCCCUGAUCCCCAGGGCCAGGGACCUGAGGGGUGAGUCAUGGGAACAGAGUGGGCGUUGGGCUGACAGAUGUCAUUGUGGUGAUCUGGAAGGGGGACUCAGAGUAACGACUGGCCAGCGGGGAGAGUGCUGGAUCGUCAGUUCCCUCCUAAGCCUCGUGGGGAAGGCACAUGCAGGAAACAACCAAAGGGAGGCCCAGCCGAGCUCCCCGCCCUGGUGUCCACUCUCCACGGUGUCCCCGUGGGUGACCCAGCCUGUUCUUUGUCCCCUGCCCACUGAUUCUCUCCUCUCAGUGCGAAGGGGAGGGGCUGGCUCCCACCAUGCAGCCCCCUCUCUCUGGGGACACCUCUCUCAGUCCGCCUGGCUUCUCUCCUUCCAGCUCAGAGUGCCCUGUGUCCUUGGGAAUCCCAACACUGCUUCCUCUUUAAGUCUAUCUAGAAGUUCACUAGCCAGCUCAGCCCUUGCUAAACAAUCCUGGAGCAGUCCUUGGAUCUCCUUGGAAAAAAUAAGAGUUCCCCUUCCUCUCCUGGCCUCCCAGAUUUCACCUAUUGAUAACGUAGUACAGACUGGGAUGCUGACUGCACUCAGGGCAAAGACUUGGCAGGCAGAGGCAGCUGGCAGAACUGCCCCCUUCCCCCCAUAGGGCUGAGGCGAGCUGAGGCAGGGCCCCUCCCAGCUAAAGUGGGACUCGUGUGCCCCUACUCAGGCUGCGGAAGGACCCAAGGACUCCUGCACAGAGUGGGCCGGGGUCUCUAGCUCACAGGGAGCAGAGUGAAGGUCAGGGCAACUCGGGGGCAUGGAGUGUUGACAGGGCUUAUCCUGCGAGACAGUUCCUGACCUCCAAGUUCCGGACUUUGCCCACCCACCCCUGAGAAACAGCCGCCCUCUGGGUCCAAGAGCACCUCUGCUGACCAAGCUUGACCCAGCUCUCCUUUCACCCUGUGACCCCAAUGACAGCUUCCUGGGCAAAGACCCCCUAGCCCACCAGGUACUUGGCAGCCCUCAGCAUGGGUUCCUCCUUCAGGGGGUGGCUCUGCCCCAAACCAAGACAAGCUGCUCUUAACCGCCCACCACAGGGCCCAGACCAGGCAGUGAGGGUGACGAAAUUUUACUGCCUGUCCUGGGGACCCCAAACUGGGUCCCCUCCACCACUCCUGGCUACACUUCAGGAAGCUGCAGCCCUGGGGUCUUGGACAAGCUCUAGGUGGGCCCUGGCCCUCCAGGAAGGGACGAUGUUGCCCUCCUUCCCCCCAGCCUAGGCCUAAGCCUCCCAGCCCCUCAGUCCUCCACCUGGAUCAACUCUUCACAGAAUAACUGGCAGAAGGAUUGGCCAGUCCCUUUGGGAGGAGCCCGGCCGCAACUCAGGCCCCAUCACAUAAUAUACCAGUGUGACUGGUCUCGUUUUGAAGUAAAACCCUAGGCAUCCUUUGCUCUAUUAUAUAGACUUAAAAAAAGAAAAAACAAAACAAAACGAUUUUCUAGUUUCAAAAGUACUUCACUGUAGAAAAUGUCCAAACUAAAUAAAAUAUCAAAUAAGAAAUUUAAAAUUAUUCAUAAUUCCAACAGACUCAAGCACUACAGACAUGGGUACGUGUUAAACAAACUCUUUCUACACCAUGUUUGUACAAAAUACCAUUUUGUU